CUUCCCGCUCCGCUGGGGACACUCCACUCCCAGAUGCCUGGCCCUGCUGUGGUCACUGGGCAGCUCCUCUGAGCCUCCUGACAUGAAGUGGCUUUGGGUGGUGGCUUUUGUGGCACCUGCCUGUACUGUCCCCUACAACGGCACUGGGGACAGGGACAAUGGGGACAGAGCCCGCUGUGUCCCCCAGCACAGCCCCCUGGGCACGGAGGUGCUGCUGCGGUGCCCGGGGGGUCCUGCUGAGUGGCGUCGUGGGGGCACCAUCCUGCGCACGUCCCCUGCCCCGGGGCUGGCACUGCCCAACGCCAGCCUGGCCCACCAAGGCCACUACAGCUGCCACCACCCCGGCACCGGCGAGACCUGGGCCACCAUCUGCCUGCGUCUGGGCUACCCGCCCCCUGCACCCACCAUCGAGUGCUGGGCCACCAGUUACCCGCAGGCUGUGAACUGCUCCUGGGCCCUGAGCCCCGACCCGCUGCUUGACACCGACUUCGUGGCCACGUACAGGCACGGCUCGGACACGGGCGAGUGCGAGCGCACAGGGCCGCGGAGCUGCUCCUUUGGGGACCUGCAGGUGUUUUCCCUCAGCCCCUACGUGGUGAACGUGACGGUUGUGAACCCCCUGGGAGCCGCCUCGGCGAUCCUGCCCUUCCUCCUGGAGAACAUCAUAAAGCCAGACCCCCCCGAGGACCUGAGGGUCUCCCCCAUCCCUGGGGAGCCCACGAAGCUGCUGCUGGAGUGGAGCCCUCCGGCAUCCUGGCCCUUCCCAGAGUAUUUCCCGCUGAAGUAUCACCUGCGCUACGCCCAGGACAAGGACUCUGUCCCCACCACGAUCGGGCCAUUCGAGCUGACAUCCCACAUCCUGACCGACGUGGAACCCGGGACCCUCCACCACAUCCAGGUGGCCGCCAAGGAGGUGGCGGAUUUCGGGGAGCCCAGCGCCUGGAGCCCGCCGGCCUCGGGGACACCCUGGGAAGGCCCGUGAUGGGCAGGGCAGGGCCACUGUCCCCUGUCCCACCGAGGGAACCCAGGACUGCCAGAACGGGCAAUAAACCCACUGCAGGCUCUUUCCCUGUUAUGACUGUGGGAUGU